AUGUCAUCAUCAAUUUUAAAAAAAUCAGCAAAAGAUAUAGUUAUUUUAUCAGCAUUACGUACACCAAUUACAAAAUCAAUUAAAGGUGGAUUAUCACAAUUAUUUCCGGAAGAAUUAUUAUAUCAAGUACUAAAAGGGUCUAUUGAUAAAUCAAAAAUUGAUCCAAAUUUAAUUGAUGAUAUUUUAGUUGGUGCUGUUUUACAAACUUUAGGUGGCCAAAAAGCAAGUGCUUUAGCUGCUAAAAAAGUUGGAUUUCCAAUAAAAACUACUAUAAAUACUGUAAAUCGUCAAUGUGGAUCAUCAGCUCAAGCUAUAACUUAUAGUGCUGGGUCUUUAGCAAGUGGUGAAAAUCAAUUUGCUAUAGCAGCAGGUGUUGAAUCAAUGACUCAUGAUUAUUUUCCACAUAGAGGAAUACCACAAAGAAUUUAUCAACCAUUUUUGCAAGAUGCAAGUGAUGAAGCUAAAAAUGUAUUAAUGCCAAUGGGUAUAACAAGUGAAUUAGUUGCUGAAAAAUAUGGAGUUGGUAGAAAAGAACAAGAUGAAUUUGCUGUUCAAUCACAUUUAAAAGCUGCUAAAGCUAUUGAAUCUGGCCAUUUCGCAAAAGAAAUUAUUGCUAUAGAAGCAAGAAAUGAAGAUGGUUCGACCAAAAUUGUUGAUAAAGAUGAUGGUGUAAGAGCUGGAUCAACUUAUGAAAAAUUAUCAACUUUGAAACCUGUUUUUAAAGAAGAUGGUUUUACUACUGCUGGUAAUUCUUCACAAAUUUCAGAUGGUGCUUCUGCAGUUAUCUUAACAACUAGAGAAAAUGCUGAAAAAUAUGGAUACAAACCAAUUGCAAAAUUCGUUGGUUCAAGUGUUGCUGGAGUCCCAUCAAAUUUAAUGGGUAUUGGACCAUCAGAAGCUAUUCCUCAAUUAUUAAAAAGAUUUGGUUUAACCACAAAUGAUAUUGAUAUUUUUGAAUUAAAUGAAGCGUUUGCUUCUCAAUCAAUAUAUUGUAUUAAUAAAUUAGGUUUAGAUUAUUCAAAAGUUAAUCCUUACGGUGGAGCAAUUGCUAUUGGCCAUCCUUUAGGAGCAACUGGUGGUAGAGUUACUGCUACUUUAAUUAAUGGUUUAAAAGCUCAACAAAAGGAUUUAGGUGUUAUUUCCAUGUGUACUUCUACUGGUCAAGGCUAUGCCGGUUUAUUUGUAAAUGAACAAGAUUGA